CCGCGGUGGAAACUGUGGCAAACCUCCCCUUAUUUACGUGAUAAAAUAGCCAAAAAUGCGCCUUUUAACGCAUAACAUGCUUACAUCUCACGUCAAAGGCGUAAAGAAUGGAUAUCCUUUGGCUAUAGAGGUCGUGAAUGUUGUUGUUAAUGAGGUGGAUUUCAACCCUGAAUUCAUCUCGCGAAUGAUUCCGAAAGUGGACUGGGGUGCUCUCGUACAAGCAGCGCAGCAAGUGGGACGGUCUGGGGGUUUACCUGAUGAAUUGAUCCCAGACUAUGAAAAAGAUGAAGAGUUCUUAAAGAAAGCACAUCAUGUUCUGCUCGAGGUGGAAGUUCAAGAAGGAUCACUGGUCUGCCCCGAAUCAGGGAGAAAGUUCCCUAUCAAAAAUGGAAUUCCAAAUAUGCUUCUUAAUGAGGAUGAAGUUUAAAUGUGCUGUAUUUAUUCUCCAUGUGGGCUGGAGGACAUUGUGUGGGAUUGGUACUUGAAGUUAUUUGACCAGCUUAGAGGAAUGAGACAAAAAUCCUGGAGCUAUACAUCAUGUUUGGGAGAUUGGCAGUGGAUUGGAUUAAUCUGAACUGCAACACAGACUUGUAUAAUGGGCAACAAAUUUGCAGGCUCACAACAAGACUUGUAUAGUGCUGUAAAUAAAUAUGUAAUAACAUGUGGCUAUUGCACUCUUUUUUUUAAAUAUACACCCAGCUGUAACCCUGAUGAAUAAUACAUGUACUUCUAAAUUAAGAAAAGAGUAUUUUUAAAGGUAUUCUUUACUAGCAGUAGAAAUAACACAAGAAAUUUUGAUAAAUGUCAAGAACAAAAGGAGUAGAGUUGCCCUAACAGAUUGGCAACCCACUUAAGACUCUGACCCCAAAGAUCUUUGUUGGAUUAAUUAGCUUGCUUUCUUGGGAAAUAUACUUAAAGAAUGGGUUUCAAAAGGCACAUUUUUCUAGUCUGGCUAACCUGAAAUUUUUUUUUAGUAAAAAUCACAUAUCCUUUGGGGCUCAAAUCAUAGUGGAAUUUUCAUUUUGGAGAAUUUUGUGGUUGCUUUAUUGAUACCCUUGAGUGAGUAAUUUGAUACUACCAAAGAUUUCAUGCCAUUAAAGUUUCCUUUCACUGCAAAACUGAUGUUUUACAAAAGUUUGAUAUUUGUUCAGGUGCACUUAAUUUUUCCUUGACAUGCCAAAUUCAAGACAAUGAAUGACAAUGAAUCUCUAACAUAUGGAAAAACUAAAUAUCCAGACAGCAAAAGGACUUAUCAGCAUGGCUUGUAUGAUUUCCAUUGCAAGUGCAUAGCCAAUUUUUGUUAUCUUUAAGAGACUUGUUUUAAUUAAAGUUACUGUCCUUGGA